GUUUCGAUUAUUGUGUUUAUGCAAUGAACGUAAUCUGCCACAGUUUCUGCACUUUGAUUUGGCAUCCAAGCCCAAGUGUCUUUAUAAGUUUAAACCGAACACCAGUUGGAAGAAAAACUCAAUUUGAAACUGCCUUCUGCUUUUAUUAGAGAUCUUCAAAAGCUUACAUUGAUUCAUGGGAAGCAGAUAAAUAGGACAAUGCAGACGGCAUCAGAAAAUCCCAGUGUGGCAAUCUGUCUCUUUAGAAAUGACCUGAGAGUACACGACAAUGAGGCUCUGUUCACUGCUAACCAAAAAGGUAAAUUUUUGUUACCCUUGUACUGCUUUGAUCCAAGGCACCAUGCAGGAACGUACCAUUUUGGUUUUCCGAAAACUGGUUGUCAUCGUCUUCGAUUCCUUCUGGAGAGUGUGACAGAUUUGCGAAUAAAGUUGCAAUCUAUGGGGAGUAAUUUGAUUGUACGACUUGGAAAACCAGAAGAUGUGAUAGCAGAACUGGUCAAGAAUCUCAACCUACAGAAUAAUGUUGCUGUUGUGAUUCAGAAAGAGGUGACUGAGGAAGAGGUCAAAGUCGAACAAGAUAUUAGGUCAAAGUGCAGAGUUCCCUUGCUGACAGUCUGGGGUCACACCUUGUACCACAUCGAAGAUUUACCAUUUGAACCCAAGCAUUUACCAGACGUCUACACUGAAUUCAGAAAGAAAGUGGAAGACAAUUUACCUGUGCGAAAGUUAAUCAACUUACCUGUCCAGUUGAAUCCAUUACCCAUGGGCAUUGAUCAGGGACUAAUACCAACAUUUCCAGAUUUUGGAUUUUCAGUCCCAGAUCGAGAUCCUCGCUCAGCCUUUCCAUUUAUUGGUGGAGAGUCAUCGGCACUCCAGCGUUUAAAUGACUACUUUUGGGUGACAGACAACGUCAGUACCUAUAAAGAAACAAGAAAUGGAAUGAUUGGGACCAACUUUUCUACCAAGUUUUCGCCCUGGUUGGCCCACGGAUGUCUGUCUCCCCGAAAGAUAUACUGGGAACUGAAAAGAUAUGAGAGAGAGAGAGCCUCCAACCAAUCAACUUACUGGGUUAUAUUUGAACUUCUCUGGAGAGACUAUUUUCGAUAUGUUAGCUUAAAGUAUGGCAACAAAAUUUUCUUUUCCGGGGGCAUUAAAAAUGAACCAACACAGUGGAAAACUAACCACCAACAUUUUAAAGCAUGGCAAGAAGGCAGAACUGGUGUCCCGUACAUUGAUGCCAACAUGAGAGAAUUGGCAGCUACUGGGUUUAUGUCCAACAGAGGGAGACAGAAUGUUGCCAGUUUUCUUACCAAAGAUUUGCAGCUAGACUGGAGACUGGGUGCUGAAUGGUUUGAAUCUUUGCUGAUUGACCACGAUGUCUGCAGUAACUAUGGCAACUGGUUGUAUAGUGCAGGUAUCGGCAAUGACCCCAGAGAAAACAGGAAGUUUAAUGUUGUCAAACAAGGAUUAGACUACGAUGGAGAUGGUAAUUAUGUUCGUCUCUGGGUUCCUGAACUAGCAGCUAUCAAGUCUGGCAAAGUUCACUGUAUUUGGACUCUCAGCAACACUCAGUUGCAAGCCGGAGGUGUUCUGCUUGGUCAGACUUAUCCUAACCCCAUUAUAGUUGCUCAGGAGUGGAGUCGGCACGUGAACAGACCUUCCUCCAGUACUAGCACCGGUGCUUCAAGUGGCAAAGGUAAAAAAAGAAGUUCAGGGUCACAGAAGAGCCUUGAACAUCAAGGUCAAUAUCCUGGCCAGAAACGAGGAUUAGACUUUUACUUUAGCCACACAAACCCAAGAUAAAACAAUGUCAACUGAACCUAGUAUGUGUACUUUUAGCAUAACAGAAACGUUAUCACCAACAAUAAAUGGCUACCAUCUUAAUCUUGGCUUGAUCUCAGUGCAAUUUCUUAUAUUCAUUUCAAUGUUUCGAUGCCAGUAAUUGGAUCUGUCUUGUGACAAUAUUUGAUCAAGUCAUUCAGAGCUGUGGAAAAUGUACACUAGUGACAUACUAAUAGACAAACCUUGGUUUUCUAUGUGAUUUGAAACUAUCACAAAUUUACUUUGAUGCUUGACUAGAUUCAUUAUAAACAUUCUAACCUGGCCACUCUUUUAAAAACUUGACGGAGAGAAAAAUGAAUAAAAGCCUUUUGCAUGAGAAUUACUAAAUGUGUAAAGUAUUUUGACAUUUCAAAAUGUUUGUAAAUGAAUGCUUCUUCAGCAGAAGUGGAGGAGCUGUUUAUAUUGUUUGUUCUUCAUAAACAGUUUGAAUUACAGAUUAUAUUUGUUUCAGAAUAUAAUGAGUAUAAAAUUUUAAUUUAUUUGUAAAUUUAAUUACUUUUGUCUGUUUUGUAAUAUUUUAAAAGCCCUACUUUCCUCUGCUUGUCCAUCAGCUGAAGUCAGUCUCACUAUAUUUCUGAAAGUGUUUGGUUUCAGAUAAAAAAUAGAACUUUAUUAAAAAUCAAAGACGAAAACUGCGAAAGGCUUUUUUAAAAAUAUAUUUUAAAACUUAGAUUGUUUAACCAGCUAUUGUUGUUUCAAGUAAAUUUAGAUGGAACUUUUUUUUUACUUACAUUUUAAACUACCGGUAUCUAGUUCUAUUUUAAUUUGUCAGUCUAACUCCCAGAAAUUCAUUGUCUUGUUAUUUUAUGCCUAUUUGUAGAAGGCAAUAAAUAGAGAUAUUUGUUUAGGUGUUACAUUGUUUUUACAGAGUUAAUUCUUUCUCUCCGUAAUUAUUUUCCAUGUUUGGACCGCUUCAUUUUUGCUCAGUAGUAUUUCACUCCCCUUUUUGAUAAAGCUUCAAUAACAUUUUCAUUUGUUAUCAGAAAAUGUUUUAUUUGAUAUAGAAUUAAAGGUGAAUUCAGACUCAAUUAUAUAAGACAAAGUAUAGUUUAUAAAAUCAAACAUUAAUUUAAUUUAAUGACUUUAAAUCAACGAUGUUAUCAUCAAUUAGGAGAGAAAGAGUUUAAACUGAAUUUUUAAUUUAAAAAAGAAAAAAUUUUGAUAUAAAUGCAUUGAUUUGAUUUCUUUGGUCAAAAUUUGGGAAAUUUAUAUCUGUUUUGUUUUAUAAGAUUCUGUUUUUAAAAAAAUACUGAUGCUGCAAAAAAAAAAUAAUUAAAAAAUGCAUAAUUAUAAGAAAGAUUAAGACUUGAAAACAUUGUUUUAAUCAACUCUUAUUUUAGUUUAUAUUGUGUUUUUAAAUGUUUAGUAUAUGCAAAACUUGACUAUUUUGGUUUUUAACUUUGUGUAUGUUUCAUCUGAUGUACCUGUCAUUUCACUCGGCUUUAGUUUGGGCUUGCAUGAACUCUUUUGUUUUUAUUGUUUAACUUUGUAACCUCCCUUAAGCUACUUCCUGGUGAUAUACCUACCCAGUUUCCUGCCUCUAUUUAUUUACAUUUAGCUUAGAAUAUGUUUGAUACACAGAUUGAAGCAUUAAAGUGACAGUUGAGUAAAGAAAAUUGAUUGUUAUUAGUUAAGAAUCUAUCUCAGAGACAAAAAAACAAGAUUUUGUUUAGGGUACCUCCCCCUUAAGCUACUGCCUGGUGAUAUACCUACCCAGUUUCCCGCCUCUAUUUAUUUACAUUUAGCUUAGAAUAUGUUUGAUACACAGAUUGCAGCAUUAAAGUGACAGUUGAGUAAAGAAAAUUGAUUGUUAUUAGUUAAGAAUCUAUCUCAGAGACAAAAAAACAAGAUUUUGUCCAGGAAUAUCUACCCAGUUUCUCUUUAUAUGACGUUCAACCUCUUCUAGAUACACACUGAGUCCUUGCUAGUCUUAUGAAUAAUAAACAAAGGAACCUAAUCGUUUUAGGCUUUAAACAAAAAAUUGAGUGAUUAUUUAAGCUUAAAUUAAAAUUGCAUGAAUAAUCUAGAAUAUUUCUUUUAAUUAAUUAAAAAGAAAGCAAGAAUAUAAACUUUAACUUGAUCAGAAGCAAGAAACUUGAGUUUCAUUUGAUAAGUCAGCCUCAAUGUUGUCAGAUCUUGAUUGACCAGGUUUUAUGUAUGGCAACUUUUUAAUUUUGGUACUUUGUUUGCAAAGAAUUAUUAAGUUAUAAGAGGACCUCUCUAAAGCUUAUCCAUAUAUUCUUAUUUUCUGCAGGAUAUCAUUUGAAGCCUCAUUUUCAUUCACAACUGUUGACACUAAAAUUGUAUCGAUUUGUUUUGAAAUAAUUUUGAUAGAAACUAUUAGUUUGUAGUUUUCAUUUAACAAGAAACAUUUAUCAGUGUUUUUUAUGUGAUUAUUGUUGUGAGAUGUUUCUUUUUUAACGCCAUGUUUCUGUUGAAUCCAUUGUGCAAUGAUAUUAUAUUUAAUCUCCACAUGUAUUUGUUUUUUCAGGUGUAAACAUUUUAAAGGGAAAAAUCAGUGAAUAGAUUAAAACAUUUAGUUUCUCAA